AGGGCGGAAGCGCCGGAGCUCACCGCAGAGCCCAGGCGACCACAGGGGGCCACCAGAGGUGGCAGGGGCCAUGGCUGGGGUCGCGUGCUUGGGAAAAACUGCGGACGCCGAUGAAUGGUGCGACAGCGGCCUGGGCUCUCUAGGUCCCGACGCUGCGGCUCCAGGAGGACCAGGUCUGGGCGCAGAGUUGGGCCCGGAGCUGUCGUGGGCGCCCCUGGUCUUUGGCUACGUCACUGAGGAUGGGGACACGGCCCUGCACUUGGCCGUGAUACAUCGGCAUGAGCCCUUCCUGGAUUUCCUCCUGGGCUUCUCUGCCGGCACUGAGUACCUGGACCUGCAGAAUGACCUAGGCCAAACGGCCCUGCACCUAGCAGCCAUCCUGGGGGAGGCGUCCACGGUAGAGAAGCUGUAUGCAGCUGGCGCGGGAGCGCUGGUGGCUGAGAGAGGCGGCCACACCGCACUACACUUGGCCUGCCGGGUGAGGGCACACGCGUGCGUGUCCGUGCUGCUCCAGCCCCGCCCCAGAUGCCCACGGGAUGCCUCCGAUAACUACCUCACUCAGAGCCAGGAUCAGCACCCAGACACCAGCCACGCCCCUGUUGCUGUGAGCCCCCAGCCCAACCCAGAGAAUGAGGAGGAGGCGAGCGAUGACGACUGGAAGCUGCAGCUGGAGGCUGAAAACUAUGAGGGCCACACCCCACUCCAUGUAGCCGUCAUCCACAAAGAUGCAGAGAUGGUCCGGCUGCUCAGGGAUGCCGGGGCUGACCUCAAUAAGCCGGAGCCCACGUGCGGCCGGACCCCCCUGCACCUGGCGGUAGAAGCCCAGUCGGCCCCCGUGCUGGAGCUUCUCCUGAGAGCUGGUGCUGACCCCGCCGCCCGCAUGUAUGGGGGCCGCACCCCACUUGGCAGUGCCCUGCUCCGGCCCAACCCCAUCCUUGCCCGCCUCCUCCGUGCUCACGGAGCCCCUGAACCUGAGGACGAGGAUGACAAGCUUGGCCCUUGCAGCAGCAGCAGCGACAGCGACAGCGACAGCAGAGAUGAGGGCGAUGAAUAUGAUGACAUUGUUGUCCACAGGGGCAGGAGCCAGAAGCGGCUCCCGCCCUCCCCGGCAUCCAAACCCCCUCCCGACGACUCCAACCCUGCCUGACUUAAGUUCUAAUAUUAAUAUAAUUUCCAGUUUAAUAAAAAUCAGACCUGAUAACCAGUGCAGACUGC